GCUCUUGAAUUGUGUCCAUCUUCAUCCAUCUAUUGCACUGCGAGAACUCCACUCGGACCAAUGGACACAUGCAAACAGCGAUGCAAACAUCAAUGCAAACAGCCUCCUCACAUGGAAACACGGAAAAAACCUAAUAUCUAUGAUGAAAUCAUCCCUCCGCACCAAAAAAUUGUAAUGGAAGGAGCAGAGAAGUACCUGAUUCAUCUCCCAGGCUUCUUCAAGGAACAACUCAAUGUUGAAUUCAGCACCGAUGGAAAGAUAACUGUUAGUGGACAGCGUCCCUUAUUCGACAACUGGUGGAGCCGCUUCCGCAAGGAACUGCAAGCGCCGGAGAACUAUAACAUCAACAACAUGCAUGUGAGUUUUAAGGACGAAGUCCUUUGUAUUGUGCUGCCGAACUUCACCAACAAAGCCAAAGCCACUGUGAAAGAUGAGCCAACACAUGAUGCUAGCAAGAAAGAAGGUGCAACUUCAACUCUUGAGCCAAAAUGCAGUUGCAGGAAACAACAAGAACAGAACAAGUGCGAAAUGUCUGAUGCAACACAUGUGGAGGAGAAGAAGGUGAAGGAUCACCUCAUAGAGACAAAGAACGCAGAGAAGGUUACAGGAAAGGAUCAACCUGAACAAGGUAAGAAGGGCAUAGAUGCAGCAGCUCUAGCGACUUGCCAUGGUGCUGGAAUCAGGCUAAGGAAGAUGAAGCUUAAGAUGGGUAGAUUGGAAGAUGAACUGUCCAACACCAGGAAGCUCAUGGGAGCUUUCAUUGUGGCUACUGUGGUUUCGGUGGGGGUGGGGUUGUACUUUCACUGUAGCCCGACAUCCACAGAGACAUAAUACCCACCCGGCUUCUUAAGCUUUGCAUCUCUAUGUCAAGCUGAAGGCAUUAUGAUAAUCUAAAUGUAAUUAGGACUUGUUAAAGAAAACAAAUUAAAGAUUGAA